UAAUUCUCAUCAACAAAAAAAAAAAAUAUGAAAAAUACUAUCUCUUCAGAAAAAUGGCAGCUAGAGCCCCACUUCCUCACUCAAUUUUCCGGCCAAUUUCCGGCGUAUCCCCAAAAUUCCGGCGAAAUCUUCCCGGAAUUACUUUUCCAUCAUCAUUUCCCAAAAACCCAAUUACCAAAACCCAAAAAAAAUGGGGAAAUUCUAAGUGGGCAAUUAAGCUAAGUUUACAAGUAGAAAAGAGUGAAAGCCCAUCAAAAUCAACGGUUGAUAUUCAACGAAUGGUAGAUUUUUUGUAUGAAGAUUUACCCCAUUUGUUUGAUGAUCAAGGGAUUGAUCAGACGGCUUAUGAUGAACGUGUGAUGUUUAGGGACCCCAUUACUAAGCAUGACACAAUUGCUGGGUAUUUGUUUAAUAUUGCUCUUUUGAAACAGAUUUUUAGGCCUGAUUUCUUCUUACAUUGGGCUAAGCAGACAGGGCCAUAUGAGAUAACUACAAGGUGGACUAUGGUGAUGACAUUUAUUCUAUUGCCAUGGAAACCAAAAUUGGUCUUCACUGGAACUUCAGUGAUGGGCAUCAACCCUGCAACAGGAAAGUUCUGUAGUCAUGUGGAUUACUGGGAUUCUAUAAAGGCCAAUGACUAUUUUUCUUUGGAAGGCUUAUCGGAUGUGUUCAGACAGCUUCGGAUGUACAAGACACCUGACCUGGAAACGCCUGAGUAUCAGAUACUGAAAAGAGCUGCAGACUACGAGGUAAGAAAGUAUUCUCCAUUUGUGGUGGUAGAAACUCAGGGUGACAAGCUCUCUGGGUCAGCUGGCUUUAAUUCUGUUGCUGGUUACAUAUUUGGAAAGAACUCCAAGGCUGAGAAGAUAUCGAUGACUACCCCUGUCUUCACUGAGACCAAUGGUGCUGGAGAGUCAAAAGUGGCCAUUCAAAUAGUCCUUCCACAAGACAAAGACCUUGACAGUUUGCCUGACCCUAAUCAAGAGACACUCAGCCUAAGGAAGGUGGAAGGAGGAAUUGCUGCAGCGCUGAAAUUUAGUGGAAAACCCACAGAAGAUAUCGUCAGACAAAAAGAAAGAGAACUUCGCGAUAGUCUAAUCAGGGAUGGUCUCAAACCAAGAAAAGGGUGUUCUUUUGCUCGCUACAAUGAUCCUGGUCGAACAUGGGAGUUCAUUAUGAGGAAUGAAGUGUUGAUAUGGCUUGAAGACUUUAGCUUAGAUUUUUAAUACACGACGUUUCGGCACUUGGCAGAGAACAAACUGGUUGUCAUGUUGGUUCAGGCCUCAGGGUUGCCUUCUGCGAGCCAGAAUUGAAGCCUUUAUGCAUUAGCAAAUAGCAAUGGCAGAUAGACCAAAAUGAUUACAUACAUUACUUCAUGAUAUUCUAGGCAUACAGUGUUGCAUAUAUGAAAUGUAUGAACAUUGAAACAAACUAUGAAGGGUCGGAUUCGUUAUCA